GCCUCCAUCGCAUUCGUCAACUGUUAUACAGAACCUGAGACAGCUGGGCUGGCUCCUUGUUGAUCUUUUUUAUCAGCAUUUCUAUCUACCUGACUUUCUUCCUUGGAGCUUCUUCAUGACAUCCAAGUCAACCUCCCGCGUAACACCCGCCUCCGCUGGACGUCCGAUGUUUGUUUACUUUUCGUUGCUCCGUGACCUGAGUUAGAGCACCAGCAUUUCAGAAAAACCACCACAGCAUAAUUGACAUUGUCGAUUGAUCCUCAUAACUGCCAGCAAGAUGCUUGCCAUCAAGAAUUUACUCCCAAUUCUCCUCUCAUGCGCCCCUGCUGCGAUUGCAGAAGUCAUACGUCGAAAUACCGCCUGCAACAACUCCCCCAGUCUGUGCAGUAAAUCAUAUGGAGAAAUAACUCAUCUCGGAGCUCACGACAGCCCUUUUCUACGAGAUGCUAGUACAGGAUACUCUGUCUCUGGAAAUCAAUUCUACAACACUACAGUCCAACUCUCCGCAGGCGUACGGUUGGUGACUGGUCAAGUCCAUAAAAACAACAACGAUUGGCAUUUAUGUCAUUCAGACUGCAAACUUCUCGAUGCCGGAACGCUGGAAUCGUGGCUGAGUGAAAUUAAAACUUGGCUAGACGGGAAUCCCAACGAUGUGGUGACUGUCCUGCUGGUGAACUCAGACGAUGCUACCGACUCCGAGCUUGCUACUGCAUUCGAAGCGUCAGAAAUCACUCAAUACGCAUAUACUCCUUCCUCCACAAGUGCUCCUACAUCGUGGCCUACUUUACAGGAGCUCAUCAGCAAAGGCACCCGCCUUCUGACCUUUGUCGCGUCGCUAUCUUCAAACAGCAAUGCGAAAUAUCUCAUGGACGAAUUUGCAUAUAUCUGGGAAAACCCCUUCGAAGUCACAUCCGCAUCUAAUUUCUCGUGUCUCCCAGAGCGUCCGUCAACGGUAUCCAAGGACAUUCCAUCCGCCUUAUCCUCAAAUCGCCUACCAUUCAUGAACCACUUCCUUGACAAGGAUAUUGGCCUUGGCAUCGAGGAACCCGACGUGGAUGCCGUCGCAACAACAAACGGCCAAAACGGCACAGGUAACCUCCUCACAGCAGCACAAACCUGUAAAUCAGCCUACUCCGGCCGUCAACCCAGCUUCAUCCUAGUGGAUUUCUUCGACAAAGGUCCCGCAAUCGACGUAGUCGAUGAAUUGAACAAUGUUACCGAUGCAACCGGCCGGGUCCCUGUACCCAACACCAAUGCUGAUGAUAACAGUAACAGUACCAGCAGUGGAACAUACGUGGGCUUGCUCGAACUCGUGGAUGAAGUCAAGAAUGGCGCUAACCCAAGCGUAGGCAACUGGAUUUGGGCCGGCGGAGACUGGCUCAGUGUCCUCGGGGGCGGCGUCUCCAUCUAGUACUGGUACUUCCGAUGCUAGCAAGAGUUAUGUUACUUCAGGAUUAUGCAUAGCGUUGGCGUUGGCUUCACUUAUUUAGUGGGAUAUAAUUUGUUAUUCAUGAGAAUAUUCGUUGAUCGAAAGAUAGAGAUCAAGAGCGAGCACAUUUCGGUUUUCUAAAAUAUAACUUUGCUUUUUAACCUC